AUGACUCUUCCACCUGGUAUGCCUACUUCAAACUCUUCUCAGGUGUGCAAACUACAAAAAUCUUUGUAUGGCCUAAAGCAAGCAAGUAGGCAAUGGUAUUCCAAGCUUUCUUCCUUUCUUCUUUCUAUUGGAUACUCUCAAUCACAGGCUGAUCACUCACUUUAUACAAAAUCCACCCAUGCAGAAUUUACAGCUCUUUUGGUUUAUGUAGAUGAUAUAGUGCUGGCAGGUACUUCCUUGACAGAAAUCCAAAGAGUCAAACAACUUCUGCAUCAUCAGUUUCACAUUAAAGAUCUUGGUCAGCUUAGAUUUUUUCUUGGGUUUGAGAUUGCAAGAUCCACAACUGGCAUUUUUUUGAACCAACGAAAGUAUACUUUGGAGCUUCUCGAUGACAGUGGUUUUUUGGCUUCCAAACCAUCUACAGUGCCCUUUGAUCCCAACCUCAAAUUGUCCAUUCAUGAAGGUCAACCCUUAGAGGAUCCUUCAAGCUACCGCAGACUUAUUGGCAGGUUGAUAUAUUUGACAAAUUCCAGACCGGACAUCUCCUUCACUGUCCAACACCUUAGUCAAUAUGUGUCCAAGCCCUUACUCCCUCAUUAUCAGGCUGCCACAAGAAUCCUGCGCUAUCCGAAAGCACACCCUGCCAAAGGAAUACUCUUCUCCUCUUCUAGUGAAUUGAAGUUGUCUGCUUUUGCAGAUUCAGACUGGGCAAGGUGUCCCGACACUCGCAGAUCCGUUACCGGCUUUUGUAUCAUUCUUGGUACCUCUCUCAUCUGCUGGAAAUCCAAGAAGCAGAAUACAGUGUCUCGUUCCUCAACUGAAGCCGAGUAUCGCGCUCUGGCUUCACUCACCUGUGAGUUGCAAUGGUUGCAAUACUUGUUUCAUGAUUUACAAGUUAGCUUUUCUAGACUUGCUUCCGUAUUCUGUGUCAGUAAAUCUGCCAUAUACUUGGCUCAUAAUCCGACCUUUCAUGAACGCAGCAAACAUAUCGAGCUCGAUUGCCACGUUAUUCGUGAGAAUAUUCGCUCUAAGCUUAUUCAUCUGUUACCUAUUUCUACUACUGCACAGCUCGCGGACAUGUUCACAAAACCUUUACAUUUUCCUGCCAUUUCUUCCAUUCUAGGCAAGUUAGGACUAUGUAGCAUACACACUCCAACUUGA